AGUUUAUUUUAUACGUUUCUUGCUUUGGAGUCUUUUUGAGCAAAUAUUUUUCGUUUUAUCAAAGAUUCUUUUUCCCUUAUGUCGCCAAAUAUUGUGCUUGUUUGUCGUGAAAAUCGACAUCAAUUGAUAUCAUCAUGGACAAAUUGUGUAGACGAAGCGUGAAAACGUUGUCAUGUUGUCGUUUUACGACAGCUUCUGCCACGUUUGCCCUAAAUACGGCGCUUCCAACUGAUUUGAGGCGAUUCUUAGAAGAGGUUGGAAGUGAUCCGAAGGAGGCAAGAUUUUGGUUAAGACAAUUCCAAUACCAGGCGAAUGACCCUAAGCAUCCAUUUGCUGUGUUGCAAGCUGGAUCUUCUAUUCUUCACAGCAAGGAGGCAGUGAAGAUUUUGUGUUCCUCUCUUUCGUUUCUCAAUCGAAAUGGUAUGCCAACUGUCCUAGUGUAUGGCCCAGAUCAAGACUCUUGCAACAAUGAGAAGUUAUUUCACCUGGCACAGCAGCUGCAACAGCAGGAAAUGCAACUGGUCGACUGCCUUGAAAAGUUCUGUCAUGCGGACACGCGGGCAUUUUGCGGAGCAAGUGGCAUUCUCCAGAGCCAGAAGUCUCACUCAAGAUUGCAACCUGUCAUAGAUCAUGUAAAUGCAGAUCCAAUUACAUGGACAUUUAGGUCGGGUCGUGUACCAUUGCUGACCUCUGUAUCCAUUGAACGGAGAACAGGUCGGCUCACACCAAUAUGUUCUCGACAUGUUGCCAUAAAACUAUCAGAGGUUCUUAAGCCUAUGAAAGUGAUUUUCCUAAAUGAAACUGGUGGCCUGUUUGAUGAACAUGGAAAAGUUAUUUCUCAUAUAAGAAUCCCAGGAGAUAUUCAAAACAUUUCACAAGAAUCAUGGUGUACAACUGACAUAAAAAACCAGAUUGAUGAAAUUGCUUCCCUCUCAAAAGAUCUGUCAAAGCAAACUCAACAGACGAAAACUGAAGCAAUCCAUCGGUACAAGUCGUUGGAGGAAGUUAAUGUCCCAAAGACUGACGAAACUCUUAACUCAGUCCUUCAAAAAGCCCUGAAACCAGAAUAUAUGACAGUUGUGCAAGAGUAUUUACAGAGUGUUUAUAUAUCAGAAAAUUACACUGCGGCUGCUAUUGUUAUUCAUGACAGAGAAAAAAGUGAAAUACCAUAUCUGGAUAAAUUUGUGAUAUCAUCCGCAUGUCAGGGUCAAGGAACAAGUGAUGAUCUAUGGAACCAUUUAACUCAAGAUUUUUCAAGUUUGUUCUGGCGUUCUCGUGCGACAAACAGGAUCAAUCCCUGGUAUUUCAUCAGGGCAGAUGGAAGCUGGACAAAUGGAGACUGGAUAAUAUUUUGGUAUGGUGUUGAUGAACCUAGAAUCUCUCAUGAUCUUGUAGAAUUCGCUGGAACAUUGCCUGAAUCCUUUGACCCAAUCGCAAACCAUGAUGUUACAAUGAAGUCAGAAAAUAGAUCAACCACAAGCUACAUACAAUUGUCUGAAGAUCUUGUUCGUAAAAUGAUCAUAUUUGUCAUCUACGGGAAAAAAAUAGACUUACUAUAA